CCUCCCCUCGCCGCGGCCGGCCGCCGCGCUCCCGCCCGGGCGCCCAGCUAUGUACUCCCCGUACUGCCUCACCCAGGAUGAGUUCCACCCGUUCAUCGAGGCGCUGCUGCCUCACGUCCGCGCCUUCUCCUACACCUGGUUCAACCUGCAGGCGCGGAAGCGCAAGUACUUCAAGAAGCACGAGAAGCGGAUGUCGAAGGACGAGGAGCGGGCGGUGAAGGACGAGCUGCUGGGCGAGAAGCCCGAGAUCAAGCAGAAGUGGGCAUCCCGGCUGCUGGCCAAGCUGCGCAAAGACAUCCGGCCUGAGUUCCGAGAGGACUUUGUGCUGACCAUCACCGGCAAGAAGCCCCCCUGCUGCGUGCUCUCCAACCCCGACCAGAAGGGCAAGAUCCGGCGGAUUGACUGCCUGCGCCAGGCCGACAAGGUGUGGCGGCUGGACCUGGUCAUGGUGAUUUUGUUUAAGGGGAUCCCCCUGGAAAGUACUGAUGGGGAGCGGCUCUACAAGUCGCCCCAGUGCUCGAACCCCGGCCUCUGCGUCCAGCCACAUCACAUUGGAGUCACAAUCAAAGAACUGGAUCUUUAUCUGGCUUACUUUGUCCACACUCCAGAAUCCGGACAAUCAGAUAGUUCAAACCAGCAAGGAGAUGCGGACAUCAAACCACUGCCCAACGGGCACUUAAGUUUCCAGGACUGUUUUGUGACUUCCGGGGUCUGGAAUGUGACGGAGCUGGUGAGAGUAUCACAGACUCCUGUUGCGACAGCAUCAGGGCCCAACUUCUCACUGGCAGACCUGGAGAGUCCCAGCUACUACAACAUAAACCAGGUGACCCUGGGGCGGCGGUCCAUCACCUCCCCUCCUUCCACCAGCACCACCAAGCGCCCCAAGUCCAUCGAUGACAGCGAGAUGGAGAGCCCUGUGGAUGAUGUCUUCUAUCCUGGUACAGGCCGCUCCCCAGCAGCCGGCAGCAGCCAGUCCAGUGGGUGGCCCAACGAUGUGGACGCAGGCCCGGCUUCUCUAAAGAAGUCAGGAAAGCUGGACUUCUGCAGUGCCCUCUCCUCUCAGGGCAGCUCCCCGCGCAUGGCUUUCACUCACCACCCGCUGCCUGUGCUUGCUGGAGUCAGACCAGGGAGUCCCCGGGCCACAGCAUCAGCGCUGCACUUCCCCUCCACAUCCAUCAUCCAGCAGUCGAGCCCGUACUUCACGCACCCGACCAUCCGCUACCACCACCACCACGGGCAGGACUCGCUGAAGGAGUUUGUGCAGUUCGUGUGCUCGGACGGCUCAGGCCAGGCCGCCGGACAGCCCAACGGUAGCGGCCAGGGCAAAGUCCCGGGGUCAUUUUUGCUACCGCCGCCGCCUCCAGUGGCCAGACCUGUGCCCCUUCCUAUGCCUGAUUCCAAAUCCACCAGCACUGCCCCAGACGGCGCCGCCUUGACUCCUCCAUCACCUUCAUUCGCAACGACAGGCGCCUCCUCUGCCAACCGGUUUGUCAGCAUCGGACCCCGGGACGGCAACUUUUUGAACAUCCCACAGCAGUCUCAGUCCUGGUUCCUCUGAUAAGAUCGACAAAAAGCAAUGAUAAAAUGUAAAGAAGAGGUUCCUCAAACGGGGGGAGAAGAAAUUUUGAGACGUGGAAAAAUCCCCCGGCCCAGCCCCACCGAAAAGCAAAAAUUAGACGUCGUCAGCCACUCAGCCCUUGUCUCCUCCAGCCCGGGGAGCUCUGCAGGCCCCCAGAAGCAGCCCAGUUCUCGGAGAGCCCUCGGAAGAGGUCUCGGUGGAGCUGUGCACCAGCAGCCAAGCAGAAAGAAACCUGCAAACGGACUCUGUCAAAGUAGAGGACAGCAAGAAAGAAAGGAUGCAGCAGAACUGCCUUUCUCCCCACCCUACCCUGCCCCGUCCUUCCGGGGAAGGAACAAAAUCAACCCAACAAAGCGACCAGCACAGUUCUAAAGGGGCCUGUCCUCCACCCUCACCCUUCCUAGGGGAACCCCAUCCGCAACUUGGGCCGGAGCUUCACUAGGGAGCUUGGAGGACAAGCUUGUACAAAUGAUGGGGUGCAGAUCCAGAGGGUUCUCCCUCCAGACUCCGCCCCCUCCCUGCCUGUCUCUCGCCCCCACCCCCAUCCCCCGUCCCCCAGCCCCCACUGCCUUGGCCUCUGGCUUCUUCCCCCAGCUGCUCUGGACUAGGUGAGGCCCCUGGCUUCCAGGUCUGCCUGCCCUACCUUCGGGCUUGGAGCCCCCCCUUGCCCCUCCCCGGGAAGGGGUGGGGGCAGGGAGCGGCCCCUGGAGCUAGUUUCUUGCUCCUGGAAUGGAGGGUGUUCUGUCACCCCACCCUGAGCUUCGAGGGUAGUUUCAGGGCCCCAGACCCCUCUGUACAGUCCAUAGGAAAGAGUCGGAAUGCUACGACAGCCCGUCCCAGCCUGGGACAGGCCACCUCUUCCCUCUCUCCGCAGGCCGGUAAAAUCACUCUCUGGCUGCGCCGCGAGUGAGGGGAGGUGGGCCCCAGGUAGUCCCCACACCCCAGCCCCGCAUGCAGGUGCCCUCGCUCUGCCCCACCGGCCCCUGCCCCUGCCCCUCACACAGACAGCCCUGCUGUGGCCGGGCCGGAGAGUGGAGCAGAAAGGGGACCCCGGAGCCGAGCGAGGAGGAUGAGGCAGCCGCCGCUGCCGCUGGCUAAGCGCCACCUGCGCUAGGUAGGCGUCCUGCUCGCCGACUUUCAGUCCUUUGGAGGGUGUUGGGUGUUGUCCUUUUUCAAAAGUGUUUUGGAACUUUCUCUGUCCCCCCCCCCCCACUUUCUCCACCACAUGGGCCUCCUGGCCACUUCUCU